AUGUCGUCAAAGAAGACGUUUUUCACGUCCUCGGGAAGGAUGACAGUGAUCGCCGCUGCUGCCCACGAGCAGCAAGUCUCUCUGACUGCUUCAACGGCAUACCGCGAGGACGAUUUCGCGCCUGCAUGCUCAGAAGCUGUAGAGCAUGCAGACGGUUCACGCGCUCGAACUCCGAUGUCUCCGUGCCUGUCCCAAGGUCUCGCAUGUGGAGCGCCAAGCGGGAGUAAAGAUGAGGCAAUAUUCAUUCCAUCCGAUUCGGAGUCGGAGUCGGACGGUGAAGCAGGCGCUUCAUGCGCUCAUCGACAAGAAGACCGGCUUAGCGAUCGGUUAGACUCCAACCUGUGCUCAUCGAGUAAAUCCACCGCCGAGGCAGCUGAGCAGGAUCAUGGGCAGGCAGAGGACGGGAAUGAGUCAGUGUUGAGUGACUGUGACUAUGAAGCGGGCGACCGUGCCGAGCUGCCGCGGCAGUCCCAGUCACAUGAAAGUGGCGACUGUGACGGCUCCCACGAUGCCGACAGUGGAAGCAGCAGCGACAGCGACGGUGGUAGUGACGGCGAUGCCGACGCUGACUACAACGAUGACGGGAGCUUCAGCGAUACCGACGGCGAGGACAGCGGCCGCAGCAAAAAGCGCGGGACGGCGCGCUCGCCUUCGGUGACCAGUUCUGACAAUGUUCAUGCUGAUGACCCUCCCGACGACCUUCCCGACGAUAAUGCAGAGGAGAACCCUCCUAGGCCGCACAAACGACAGAAACUUGCCCAUGACGAAGAAGACAUGACGCCUGUCCGUCGCCAAAGUCUAUGCCUCGCUCUGGAGGACGCCUGUCACGAUCGCCUAGAAGGGCCCAGCCAGCCAGCAUGCUUAGCCCACCGGCUUCUCACAACCCGUCCGAAUUUGAGAGCGAUAAGGUUUCGGAUUGCGGUAAGGCAUCAGCAGCAUCCUUCGGUGAGUGGCAGUUGCAAAAUGCCGCAUUGA